AUUAGUAUUAGUGGGUUAUAAAACAAUCAUGUGAAAGCACUCCUUUCGGGCUCUGCCAAGCAAAAUGUGUUCGUUGGCGAGUUUUUUCGAACCUCAAUAAAUAGAUAUUUGUCCCCCAUGGUGAGGACGCGUUUGACCGUCUUUGACCGAAAUCAUAAGUUGGAUCCUUUUGUGAAUUUGUGAAUGUUUGUGACUCGCGCAUGUCGGACAAUCACCUUCAAGUUCAAUGGCUAUGACAACGUGCCAACAAUACUCUGUGAUUUGAGAAUGAUUUCGUCCCUCAUUUUUUGGUAAUACCAAAUGAUGAAUGGCUUUCAGUGGUUAAGCAGGAUCCUGCUAUGGAAUGUGCUGAGAAUCAUGGAGGUGAAGGCCAUACUGUGUUUUGAGUGCAAUAACAUGAUUGGAACCAGUCAGAACCAUUGUCCAGGAUUGACCUUGGUAGAUUUUCCGACCAUGAAUAUGUGUCGCUUGUUGGCGCUCAAAGAUGGUACCAUUAUUAAUCAAAGUCCAAUCAGUCCAGUGCUUUGUACUUCACAAUCUAAAAGGACGACGAGAUUAAAGAUUUCCAAAGAUUACCGAGACGGCGAAGGUAUCGUAGCAUGUUGCAAUUGGAAUGGAUGCAACUCGGACGCUGUGAAGGCCACCAUGAGUAAAGUAGAUUUCGAGGCCACAUUGGCUUUAACCGGGAUGAUCAAGCCUAACAGCAACCAGGGAAAUGGCAGUUCGGUUGUGGACACAUCCAAUCAAAGCACCAGCACACUUUCCUCCACCAUUAGUGCGUUAAUAACGACCAAGGACGGUCACAUAACUAGUGCUCAAAAGGCCACCAGCUUUUCCACAAUGACCCCCGAGCCAAUUGCAAUUGGGAACCAGAUCAAAGUCCAACCUCAGGGCCUGGACGAAACGAAGAGCCAACACAUAUUGACCCAGCCACAGGGAUCGGAAGUCAUCAAAGCGUUUGAAAAGGGCAGCGAUUUCGCUAAUGGCCUUUAUGACCCCUUUCGCGUGUACGAGAAACUUCAAGAGGUGAAGGCCCAAAAGUUCAAAAUUAAAUUAACCCCCGCUCAAAUUGAAGCAAUUAAGAAAGGUAGUGAAACCCAUAUCUAUGUCGAUCAAGACGAUACAAUUUUAACCUCUCUCAAUCGCCCACAAGUACUUCAAGAGACUCCCACGGCCUUUAUCUCCACUCAAAAAUCUUCUCCCAAAUUGGUUGAGAGCAACCAUACUCAAGAGCCUCCUCAUAUUCUUGCUGAAAAAGCUCCACCCAAAGUGAAUGACACGUUAGAAACGAAUUCAAAACUCUCUGAGGAACUUGCAGACAUUACUACGCCCUUGGUUUCGACCCCUUCAUCAUCAAGGCCGAACUCAAGCCUGUCAAACUUUCAAAUCAAGAACCCCUUGUUAAAUGGAGACUUAUUACUCCUCUUGGAAAUCCUGAGAAGAAAUCAGGGCAAAAGCUUUUCCUACACAUCCUCCUCACCAUCAUCAAACGUCCCAUCCACUAACAAUGAUGAGGAAGAGGAUUUUGUUAAGCCUCCACUUGAUCUAUUAGAUCUCUUGACUAACAAACCAGCCAAAGAACGGAGGAACCAUCUGACCUCAUCAUCCACUCCAUCCAAGGUCGUUGUUCCCUCGGUACAACCCGGGAUCGCUGGCUCAACAUUAGGGGGCUUUGCGGAGUUUCCGCCAAUUGAAUCUCCGUUCAAGGAGCAAAACACCAACCUCCAUCCUGCAGAUGCUGUGGCUUCCCAAACGAGAGGCGACAAUUUGAUCCCUCGACCUUUAACAACGGCAGCCCCGAGCCAUCCAUUCAGUGAAGGUGAGAAAAGGAAUGUUCCAUUUGGGAUGUUCAGUCAGCUGGAAGAGCCUCCUUUUGAGCCCGAUAAAGAGGAGACAAGGUCCAAAAACACUCGGCCUCUCACUAUGGCCCAUCUUGAAAAGGGCUCUUCGCCCUCGCCGGAAAAUGGAGCAAGGGAUUUGAAGAGCUGUUGUUCCUUUUCUAUUGCCCGCUUUUGUUUCCUGAUCGGAAUCCUCGUUUUGGGGGAUCUUUUCUGAGCCUGCCAACAUUACAACAACAUCAAGUUACCACCGAGUGCCUCCUAUCCUUUAGGUCUAAAAGUACAAGCCUGAACAUCUGAAUAGAACUGCGAUAUCGAUUCGUUUGUUUUGUUCCAAAAAAAUGGACCGACCCAAGGCAAUUCCUGUACUUUGUUGGUUUUGAACCAAGCUCAAUAAAGACGAAGUAUUCUAAAUUGAGAAUACACAGGCUUUGUGAGUGUUUCAGCCAUUUACUGCACAAAAGGUCCCAUGUCAAUCCUGUCAGGUCACACAAAAGAAAACCCGCACACAACGUCCAGGAGUCUCUGCCUUAUUCCUUGAAAUU